AUGAAUCGAAAACAUAGUCGACAAGUGGUAUCAACAUUGUUAACUACUGCCUCCGAGGCAGUAGUAUGGAAGGCUUCCACCUAUGAUAAACGAAAAACAAAUGUAAUUGUAAUUACUAGUGAUGAAGAUCUGGUGCAAAAUAUUGUAUCAAUGGUUCAGACUUAUGAACGAGAAGGAGAAGAUUCAACUAUAUUGAAAAAUACAAGAGAAGAAGUACAGCAGCUACGAUGUCGAGUAUUCUCAGCAAAGCGUCAGAAAACUGAUUUAACAUGUGUGAUAUGUGAAGCUCGAGCAUCGAAUUAUAACUUUAAUGUUAUCUGUUGUGAAUCGUGUAAGUCGUUUUUUCAACGAAAUGUAUCCCAGCGUUUGGAUAACAUCACUUGUAUUACUGGAACAAACAACUGUGAUAUAAAAUAUGUUAAUAAACGUAUAAUGUGUAGACGAUGUCGACUUGAACAAUGUUUGAUUGCUGGUAAGAGUAAGAAAAUGCGUAGAGAUAGAUAUUAUCGCGGCACGAUUCGCGAUAUGGCGAGUCGCACCGAGACAAUCACAGAUAUAUAA